UAUACACACACAUACACAUACACACACACACUCUCACACAUCCACACAUCAGACUAGAGAAAGAGGGUGCUGAGAGGGCCACAAAGACACCUCAAGGUGACGGACAAGUUACUAACAGCUAUUGAAGAAUGUCAGAUCAACAAGGUGCCCCAGAGCAGCUGCCUGCUGGAAAGAGCCAGGGAGGAGCUGGGGCAACCUACAAGGUUGUUUUGUAUGAAUAUGAGAACUUCCGGGGAAAGAAAACAGAGCUGUCAGCAGAGUGUAAAGAUGUGAAUGAGAAGAAUCUGGAAAAAGUUGGCUCAAUCGUAGUGGAUUCUGGGCCAUGGGUGGCAUUUGAAAAGCGUGGCUUUGCUGGGGAGCAGUUUGUGUUGGAGAAGGGAGAGUAUCCUCGUUGGACCACCUGGACCAACAGCCAGAACAGCUACUGCCUCCUGUCUCUCAGACCCUUAAGAGUGGAUGGUGCAGAUCACAAAAUCCAUCUGUUUGAGAAUGGAGGUUUUACUGGGAGGAAGAUGGAAAUUGUUGACGAUGACGUUCCCAGUCUGUGGGCUCAUGGUUUUCAGGAUCGCGUGGCCAGUGUGAAAGCACUGAAUGGAACGUGGGUGGGAUACAUGUACCCUGGUUACCGGGGCCAGCAGUAUGUGUUUGAACAUGGUGACUACAAGCAUUGGAAUGACUGGGGAGCUACGGUGCCACAGGUGCAGUCUGUGCGGCGUGUUCGAGACAUGCAGUGGCACAAACGAGGAUGUUUCACUCCUGCUGAGCCCACCCCUAAGCCCAAUCCCAACCCUAAUCCUAAUCCUAAUCCAAACCCUAACCCUACUCCCACCCCAAACCCUACACCCCCUCCCCCCGCCCCACCGGCUGCAGCCGCCAGCAGCUGAAGGACACGAGCUAGCCCCUUUCACGACCACUGCCUUUUCUCAAAUGGCUGCUGCCAAAACAAAGAACACAAUAAAGUGAAUGACUGCCAUUUCUCUUGCCCAUCUGUUACUGAAAAUAAAGGCCUUGGCCCUGAAUUGGUAUGA